UGGGGUCCAUCCAUGUCAAUUUUUUUUAUACAUCACCGUCCACUUUCCAUCGCCAAUUAAUUCUUCCCCUCAAUUUUUUUCACUUCCCUCUCAUCUCCCAUAAUACAUGUUUCUUCUAUAAACAUCAUCAUCAACAACAAACAAAGGUGCAUUGGUGGUUGGUUUGUGAGAAAUCAGAAAUAUUUUGUAUUGUAAUUUGUAGGGUUUGUGAGAUGUCGGAUGCACCGGCGAGUCCGAGUCACGAGAGUGGUGGCGAGCAGAGCCCUCGCGGCUCGUUGUCCGGCGCGGCUAGAGAGCAGGACCGGUACCUUCCCAUUGCCAACAUCAGCCGCAUCAUGAAGAAGGCUCUGCCUCCCAAUGGCAAGAUUGCGAAGGAUGCAAAAGACACAAUGCAAGAAUGCGUUUCUGAAUUCAUCAGCUUCAUUACCAGCGAGGCGAGUGAGAAAUGCCAGAAGGAGAAGAGAAAGACAAUCAAUGGAGACGAUUUGCUAUGGGCCAUGGCAACUUUAGGGUUUGAAGACUACAUUGAGCCGCUUAAGGUGUACCUGGCUAGGUACAGAGAGGCGGAGGGUGACACUAAAGGAUCUGCUAGAAGUGGUGAUGGAUCUGCUAGACCAGAUCAAGUUGGCCUUGCAGGUCAAAAUGCUCAGCUUGUUCAUCAGGGUUCGCUGAACUAUAUUGGUUUGCAGGUGCAACCACAACAUCUGGUUAUGCCUUCAAUGCAAGGCCAUGAAUAGUUUAGAUGCUUCUACGCAUCUUAUUUAUUUCCCUUGAAUGCUUGUACGCAUGGAAUGGGUGGAAACAAUGGUUUGGUGAUUUAAUAUUUAGGUUCUCGUUUAGAAGGCAUCAGUGUCAGAAUUUUGUUACGGUACUAAGGUAGAUUUUUAUUAAUACAUUAUACAUGUCAUAUUUAGCUGCCUGACCAACUCAAGGGAGAGAUGUGUUUGGGGUUAUUGCAUGUGAUUCGCCAUGUAGCUUGUCAUGGUGAGAAGCACUUGCUUUGAGUCUUUUCUUUAGAUUAUUAUAUAAUAUAUAAUAUUUGCAGACACUGCAUUUGUUAGUUUAUUUA